AUGGGGAAGGAGGAGGAAGAGACUCAGUUUGGUACUUGGAUGAGGGCAUGGAUGAGAGCUAAAUUUAAGCAGAAAGAGGAGGGUAGAAAUGUGAGAUGGAAACAAAAAAUGAUAACAAGAAAUGUAGUUGGAGUAAAGGAUGAGGAAAAGAAUAAUAGUGUGAAGGAGAAGGAAGGAAGUCAGAAACAAGAUGAAAUUCAGAGGGAGGAAGAAAUUAAUGUAAGAAGUGAGGAGGUGAUGAGUAAAAACCAAGAUUUUCAAGAAGAUGAAAGGGGGAAUGCAAAAAUGGUUAGUACUGAAACAUGGAAGGAAACUACAACAGAAAAUCAAGAGAAAAAGAGUGAGGAAUCAAGGGAGGAGAUGAGUGAAAUGGGAGAAAGAAUUGAUAUAAGUGAUUGCUUAAUGAAGCUAUUCAAAUCCACAACCCCAAGUGAUGGGGAUAUUGAAGCUUGUUUGCAGGCAGUGGCUCCUUGUGUAACAGAAGAAAUGAAUGACAAUUUGUCCAUACCUUUCUGUAGAGAUGAAGUUGAGGAAGCUCCCAAACACAUGGCCCCUUUGAAGUCACUUGGACCAGAUAGCUUUGGGGCUUACUUUUUUCAAAAGCAUUGGCAGAUUGUUGGGGAUGAGAUUGCCAAUGAGAGUGAUCACAAUAUGUUGAAUGUUCUAACCAUCUUGAAACCUCAUUCGAUGUUGUCUUUUGAUAUUGUAUUUAUAUUCAUGCCACAAUAG